AUGCAAUACGUGCGCAACAUAUCAGAUUCCGUGUCGACGGCAUGGAAUUCGAUAAAUCCAGCAACCCUGAGCGGCGCAAUCGACGUAAUAGUCGUAGAGCAGGCAGAUGGCACCCUGUCGUGCUCCCCCUUCCAUGUUCGCUUCGGCAAGUUCUCGCUCUUGCGACCAUACGAGAAGAAGGUCGAGUUCAGGGUCAAUGGCAAGAAGCAGGACUACGCCAUGAAGCUGGGCGAAGGGGGCGAGGCCUUCUUCGUUUUCGAGACGAGUGACACCAUCCCUCAGAACCUCCAGACCUCUCCCUUGGUGUCUCCUGCAUCUAGUCCCCCAAUGCCGCCUGGGAGGGCCGCUACCACUUCUCUCCUGCAGGAUCCUCCCCUACUCGACCUGGAUAACGACGAAAAUGGGAAGGAAACACCCCGUUCUUCGAGCCCUGUUCGGCCUCCUCCCUCGGCGCUUUACUCAAGCUCAGUACCACGAGAUGCAGGUCUGAUUACACCAGGGUCAACCGCGACCUCGUUCUCGCACGGGCGACCAAAGUCAGGAGACUUUUCCCAUCUCACCCGACCCCAUAGCGAGGAUAUCCUGCACCAUGCCGCACGCAAGAAGACCAGCGAGUCCGACCUGAAAGAAGGUGUCGAAAGCCUUGACCUUCUGGAGGAUAGGUCCAUGAGCCCACCGCUUCUGGGCCCACAGGAGGCGCUGGAACGUGCCAGGAAUCUAUCCAGAGGGCUACAGGCCGUCAACAUCCCCACACACGUUACCGAGACGGGAGACCUGAUGCUCGACAUGACCGGCUUCAAGCAGAGCGAAGAAGACGCAAUCAGGGCCGAGAUCCUUGCCAGGAAGGUUCUCUCUGAGGAGCUUGAGGGGAACUACGAUAUUGGAGCGCUGUUCGGCAUCGACGAGCACGGGAAUCUCUGGAUCUACAGCAGCGAAGAGGCCAAGGAUGCGGCCAUGAAGAAGACUAUGGAAGCCGGUCUCCGAUCCAGCACAUUUGAUGCUGACGCAGUGUCCGACCCAGGCUACCAUAGCGACGACAGCACAGGGACUACAUCUGCACUACCUGUGCAUAGGAGAACGGAGUCAGAUGUCGGUCAGGGCAGUCUACAGACACCGCCUGCCUCGCCAGGAUCCGGCGGCAGAGUCAAGGCCGCAGGUGAUCCUAAUAGGAACUACGCAAAGACUUUGCGUCUGACCAGCGACCAGCUGAAGGCGAUGGACCUGAAGCCGGGUGAGAACUCGCUCAGCUUCACCGUGAACAGGGCAACCUGCUCCGCAUUCAUGUACCUGUGGAAACACGAUACGCCAGUGGUCAUCUCGGACAUCGACGGCACCAUCACCAAGUCUGAUGCGCUCGGUCAGCUAUUCAACAUGGUCGGCCGGGACUGGACACACGCGGGUGUGGCCAAGCUCUACAGCGACAUUGUCGCGAACGGAUACAACAUUAUGUACCUCACAAGUCGAUCAGUCGGCCAGGCCGACACCACGAGAGCGUACCUUGCCGGUAUCGUCCAGGACGGCUACCGUCUGCCGCGCGGCCCGACGAUACUUUCGCCUGACCGGACAAUGGCCGCCCUGCGUCGUGAGAUCUACCUGCGCAAGCCGCACGUAUUCAAGAUGGCCACGCUGCGGGACAUCCGGCAGCUCUACGGGGCGGACCACCAUGCCUUUUACGCCGGCUUCGGGAACCGGCUGACGGAUCAAAUUUCUUAUCGGACGGUCGACGUGCCCAGGACGCGCAUCUUCACUAUUAAUAGCAACGCCGAGGUCUCCCUGGACCUGCUUUCCCUCAACAAGCUCAAGCUCAGCUACGUCAGUAUGACUGACGUCGUUGACCACUACUUCCCGCCCGUGUCCACCAUCGUCAAGGGCGGCGGCGAGGAGUACACGGACUUUGCCUACUGGCGUGACAAACCGCUCGAGAUGGACGACUUCUCGGCCUCGGACGACGAAGACGGCUUUGCGCUGGAGGAGGACAAGGACAGCCAGUACGCCGAAGAUGAGGACGAGAUCGAGGGCGAUGGGCUCGGCGACAGUUACAUCUCGAGGGGAUCGUACGACGACGACGGGUAUGCGGAGGGGAGCGUCCUCAGCGGUGACUACGACGAAGAGCAGGAGCGCAUGGCGAGGUCGAUGAUGGACGGCCUGGCCGACGACGACGCCGAUGACGAGGAAGACGAGCCGGAGGAGGACAACGAG